CAAAAUAUGAUGAUGGAUGCUAGGGACUGAAUCAAACCCAUUUCCCAUAACACCAAUUAAUUUCAUUUUCAACAAGCAAACCUAUUCUUUUUCCUCUAGUUUUUUUGGUUCAUAAAAAGGGGAGAAAAUUGGCCAUUUGUCAACUGUGUAUGCAUAAUAGGAUCUGUCAACUGUUUUCUUCUUCUAGCAAUUCAAAUUUGGUUCUCUUUUAUGAUGGCCAAAGGGACUGGGAUGAGUUGGUCAGAUGGUAGGAAAGAUCAAUGCAUUGGGGUCCUUUCUUUGACCAGGAAUUCAAGCUAGGGGCAUCCUACUGUUUAUGUCGACUAGUUCCCCUUUCUAUACAUAAGUCUUUAGUCAGAUAGAGGCAUGUCAUCCUUAAGGAAAAGUAGUACAAGUUCUAGUGAAGAUGAUGCUGAGCAGCUCAGAAGAGGGCCUUGGACUCUGGAGGAGGACUCUCUCCUCAAUCAUUAUAUUGCUCGCCAUGGCGAAGGCCGAUGGAAUUCGCUUGCAAAACGUGCAGGCCUAAGGAGAACUGGCAAGAGUUGCAGGCUGAGAUGGCUAAAUUAUCUGAAGCCAGAUGUUAAACGUGGAAACCUUACUCCACAAGAGCAGUUUUUGAUCCUUAGCCUCCAUUCUAAGUGGGGAAACAGGUGGUCCAAGAUCGCACAACAUUUACCAGGAAGAACGGACAAUGAGAUCAAGAAUUACUGGAGAACCCGUGUGCAGAAACAGGCGCGCCAUCUCAAGGUCGAUCCGAAUAGCACAGCAUUUCAAAACGUUAUUCGGUGUUUUUGGAUACCAAGAUUGCUUCAAAAGAUGGAAGGGUCAUCCUCUUUUUCAUCCAUGGCAUCCGAAAACACAACAGUUCUUCAAUCUCUAGACCAAGCUUCUCAGCAUCAAGCAUUAAUGACGCUGCAACAAGUACCAGGGCAGGGGCCUGGUAAUCUAAGUGAAGCAAUACAGAAUUUGGAUCAUCAGGAGCAGAAUUCAGACUCAGAGCACUGUGCAAGUUCGUGUGUUUCUUCUUCAGAAUCCAUGAAUAAUAUCUCACAAAUAUCUCAAUUUGCAGAAUACCAAACGAGUCCUUUUCGCAUCAUUGGUAACAAUGACUACAACAACACACUUGCAAAGGAUUGCUACUAUGACAUGGAAACCAUCAACCUGGCAUCCACAUCAGCACCUGGGGAUUUUGCGAACCCGGUUGGCGAUUGCCACAUGGCAGAAAACAACUGGUUUAGCAAUGGUUUUGCAGAUGACCUAUGGAGCAUGGGGGAACUGUGGGAACCUAGGAACUUGAAUUGAAGGGGAACCCUGUCAUGUUUUUGUUUUUGACAGUUCACCAAUAGUUCAUUCAUUGGCUUUUGACAGGUUGAUUUCCUGAGUUUAAUUGUCUCAUAACAUCUCAUAUUAUUUUUUUUUCUAUUUUAAGUUUUUGUCGAUAAGUUACAGCAACUGUGGAUUCAAAGUUUCUCAAUUUAUGUCUAUAUAUAUAUAUAUAUAUGUCUUUUAUUCUGAAAAAAGAAGGAUAUGAAUUCGAUUCA